GUUGUCGGCGCUCUGAUCUCAGUCCUAAUGAUUUGGCUGGUCACAGGUAUUCUCGUCUAUCUUGCUGUUAUGCGAAUCAUGCACGCACAAUACGAAAUCGACGGCAAGGUCAUGCUCAUCACAGCUGCAGUUGGAGUCGGUGUGAAUCUGAUUGUCUAUGCGCGCAAGGGUCUAUGUCUCAAAGAAUACCUCCUCAUAAGCCCGAAAAAACCCGAUUACAAAAUUGCUGAUCCCAUCUGUACCUUCAUAUUCUCCGUUCUCGUUCUGCUGACCACUGUCAGUAUUCUUAAGGAUGCACUGAACAUCCUGAUGGAGGGCACACCUAAAGGCAUCAAUUUUGCGGAGGUUCGACAGGCUCUCUACGAUAUCCCCGGUGUGGUUGAGGUUCACAACCUUCGUCUGUGGAGCCUGACCACCACCAAGAGCGCCGUUUCGGUGCACUUAGCAGUAUGUACGUGGAGCACCUGA